AUGUCUAUUUGCCAUGAGGUUGAUGCAACACCAUCAUGGCAGCUUGUAUUGUCAGCACUACUGCUGAUCCUUCUCCCAGAAGCCCUGGCAUUUGGCUUGUUUUCGAGCAUGGGAUUCGCUGCCAACAUUGCCAGCUUUGCGGCGGAUAGCCAGGUUGACCUCCUUGGAAAUGUGGCGGCUGUUGCCUGUGCCUUGGCAUUGGCUGCUGCUUUCAUCGUCGAUGUCCAUCGGAGGAAUCUGGCUGUGCAAGCUUUGUUUGCCUUUCUGCUCGCAGGUGGCUUUCUAGCAACUUCAUCCUUGAAGUAUAUUGGAUAUCCCUGGCUCAGCAGCUUGGUGUGCUUUGCUUUUGCGAUCAUUCUGGUCGCAGGUCUCCGUUUGCGAUGCUUCAAAGGGGGUGACGAUGGGAUCCCUGGACAGCGUUUUUUCGAUAGUGUGGCAGUGAGCUUUGUUCUUGCUACGUUAGUCGCCUUUGCUUGCUGGGUCGGCUGGCAAGCUAUGUUUGACAGGUUUUGGAGCCUGGAGACACGGAAAUGGCUUGCAAGCCAGAAUGAAGAAGUGUACGAGUACUUCUACGACAACAGCAGCAUGGCUUUAAACUACACAGCCCAUUGCAGCGAGGAGAAAGAUGUGUCGUUCCUAGACACUGACGCUCAGGCUGCUGUUCUCUCAGCUUGCAAAAGUGCAGAGACGGUGUGGUUUCUCCAAUGGGCAGGGCCCUGUGCCAUUGGAAUUGGGAAUGUCAUUGUAGCUCUAGUGAGCUGGGUCUUUGCUCAAGCAGCGCAGGGUCUUGAAUAUGACGAAGCCGAAGCACAGCGAGUCAAGAGUGCUCUCAAGAAGUCCACAGCUCUUAUCGUCAUGAUGCUCACUGUGAUGUACAGUGCCCAGUAUGUGUCGGGUGCCAAUGUGACCAUUAGCUCUGGCCUUGUAGCUUUGGGAGCUGCAUCAGUUGCUUCAAUAGUCGGGUUUAUGCUCUUGGAGUUUGGCUUUCAACGCUUGAACAGUGUGACACAGAAGGAUCGCUUGGCCCAAAACCUGAUGAAAAUCCUCAAGUCUGACUGGAUGAAAGCAGUGAUGGUUUUUGGCUUGAACUUGUUCAUCCCUGUAAUGCUUCUUUUGGACGCAGUACGGCAAAAGGUUCGGAAGUGCACAGGUUUACCAACAGAAGACGGCAAAUUCACAAAAGAAGGGCAACGCAUCAUCGAUGAGAUGCACACAUGGGCUUGGAGCAGCAUCUUCUUCAAGGUGAACUUGUUGGGAAUGAUGGGUGUGGCGUUGCUUUUGGGAAUGAAGGUGACUUAUGUGUUCUUUGCAUGGCUGAACCAAACUCUGGCUGCUGCAAACUUGACCUUUAUCGUGUUGAGCUUGAUGGUUCUGGGAGUUGGUUUGGCAAUGUUCCUUUGCCCAAUUGUCCCAGGGAGUGCAGUCUACCUCUUUGCAGGAGUCGUUUUGGGUGCUCAAUCUCAAGUCGCCGGUCCUGAUGGCGUCAUUGGCUUCGGGUGGGGCAUCGUGGCCGGAGCGCUCGUCUCCUCUGUGGCCAAGAUGAUUGCAUGCACGCUCCAAUACUCUAUGGGCUAUGGCAUGGGCAAGUUUGUGAAGGUCCAGCAGUUCGUCGGUGUGGACAAAGUGCCAACAAGGGCCAUGGAGCAAAUCCUCAAGCAGCGCGGCAUGAAGAUGGACAAAGUGUCCAUCCUUGUUGCAGGACCUGACUGGCCGACCAGUGUUCUUUGUGGCAUUUUGCGCUUGAACAUCCCACGGAUGUUGCUGGGAACUCUGCCAGUGAUUGGAGUCAGCAUUGUGCCUCAAGUUCUGGUUGGUGCGCUGCUGACCUACUCGGAUGAGUCUUCAAGUGGCGUUAUGAGCAUCGUCUCAAGUGGGGUGACCUUGGCUGCAGCAGUGGUGCAAGCAUUGGCCAUGUUCUACUUUACCUACCGCAUUAUGAAGGUGGUUGAUGAAGAUGGUGAGAAGCUUGCAGAGCCACGUCAGGAGCAUGCAGCCGUUGCGGCGCUGACGGAGAAGGAGAAAGACUAUGUCGCGGCUUUGCUCCAGAAGUCGCAGUGGGGAGAGAUGAAGCGAUUUCAGCGAGUUCUAGUGUUGCUCUCAUCCAUGUGCAUGUUGACUUCCAGUUUUGUCUUCAUCGCAGACUACUCUGUGGCAGACAAGUUCUGUUUCAGAAGCUUCGAGAUCACCGGCCAAAUUGAUCUACCCAUCGAUCAAGGCGGACUGGCUGGCGAUGUGAUGAAUUUGGUCAUCAUCCCAUGGGGAUGGUGCGCGUUGGGCUUGGCACUUGCAGGCGUGAUCUUCCACAUUGUUGUCAACAAGUGGUUGGCCUGCGAUGCGCGUGCGCACCUGAUGCGAGACCACCCCAACGAGGACCGGCCCCAAAACGGGCCACGGAGCAGUACAGCCUAUGAGGAGGCUCUCAGCCGGAGGAGCGGCCGAAACUUGGCUGUGCUGGUCUUUCCUGGUGCCUUCAGCCCGGUACAUAUGGGUCACCUCGUGAUGAUGGAUCAGGCCACCGAGCGCCUUCAACGCGCGGGCUAUGAUGUCCUUGCAGGUUGGUUGGCGCCUUUGGCCAACUGCGGACACCUGUCCGCCAGCUUCCGGUUGAAGGCCCUGAGCGAGUUGAAGUCGAAGCUCCAGGUGUCGGAGUGGGCGGUGCGGAAUGAGAAGACCAAGGAGAUGGAGGUGGUCCACGCCUUACGUGAAACGCUUCUGGAGGAGACCGGAACGAGCUCGAAGGCCUCUCCUCGAGUCCGGGUGGUCGCCGUGUGCGGAGCGGAUGAGAUGAAGCGCUACAGCAGCCUCAAGCCACAGGACAUGCUGGGCCUUGUGGUGGUGCCACAGCCUGGAGAUGAGGAGUUUUUACUGGAGAAGCCCCUUCAACAGAUCUACAUUGCAGAGGCAUCGCAGUCCCAGUUCAACAUGCUGGACGGCAAGAUCUUGGAGGAAGCGAUCGCAGGUGGCGACAUGGCCUUUGUGAACCAGGCUUUGCCACCUGAUGUGAAUCGCUUGGCGCUUUUCCCCACCCUGCAGGAGCAGCAGGACUUCGGCUUCGACCUGGCGAAGUUGGAAACACAGGUUCCAGAUGGCCCUUGGCCAGCAGCAAAGCUCAUGAAAAAGCUGGUGAGCAUUGCACCCGAGGCUCAGGGUGCUCACACUUGGGCACUGCUCAUACUCAGCGAUGCCAUGGUCCCUGCCAUGAAAUACCACCUGGACCUCCUGGCCAAGGCAGUGCUGCGGGGCGCAGCUCACCACGGCAACAGCACUGAGGUCGAUUUAAAGGACGUGCAGGUAGAUGCUGCGGCUGUCCCAAAUUGCGGGUGGUGCAAGGUGCCAAGCCUGCACUCAGGUUUUGCUACGGCCAUGAAAGAUUACUUGCGUCGUGGGGGCGAAAACCAGCUCCAGAAUUACAGGAGUGGUGACCUGUGCUUCAAGGGUACCAGGCUCUUCAACUAUGACGAUGCGCCAACUGCUGCGGUCCCUACCUUGGCAACUGUAUUGGUUUCGAGACACCCAAAGGUGGAGGCCAUUGCGUCUCAGAAAGCAAGGAGAUCGCAGGGGCUCCGUCCUCAUGGCUUGGUGCAGCGAAUCUGUCGCAACGAAUGGGAUUGGUGGGCUUGCCUACUCUAUGGCUCCCUCAAUGAAGUUUACAGCAGCACGUACUCGAUGACCACUUACCUGAGCCGUGUCAAGAAGUGA